AUGAAUAUUAUUGGGUGCAAAUGGGUAUUCCGCACCAAACGGACUGCUGAUGGGUCGGUCGAACGGUAUAAAGCACGGCUUAUGGCUAAGGGCUACAAUCAGGUAGCCGGAGAAGAUUUUUUCGACACGUUCAACCCAGUUGUUAAGCUGACAACUGUUCGUCUUCUUCUUUCUUUGGCUAUAACCAACAAGUGGACGCUACGACAGUUAGAUGUGCAUAAUGCCUUUUUGAAUGGGCAUCUAGCUGAGACUGUAUAUAUGAAACAGCCUCCAGGAUAUGAAGACCCGGCCCAUCCGGAUCAUGUCUGCCACCUACAGAGGUCUCUCUAUGGGCUUAAGCAAGCACCGCGAGCGUGGUUUAAGCCCCUUCAUGACUUUCUCCUUACUACUGGCUUUAGCGCCUCGAAGACGGAUGUAUCCCUUUUCUACUACAGUUUGGAUGGGUGUCAGGUGUUUCUACUAGUAUACGUGGAUGAUAUUAUUAUGCUAGGGAGCAGUGCUACACUUAUUAACACCCUGUUGUGCUACCUUGCGACUGCUUUUAAAAUCCGGGAUCUCGGGAAGCCGAGUUUCUUCUUGGGGAUUGAAAUGGUUGACACUUCAGCGGGCGUUAUUUUGUCACAGCGACGUUACAUGAAUGAUAUUCUGAAUAGGGCUGGUAUGGUAGACUGCAAACCCUUAUCCACUCCUGCCUCGACAACUCAGCCGGUUACUCCGUCAGACGAACCUUUUGAUAAUCCCACGCAAUAUCGUCGGAUUGUUGGGGCCUUACAGUAUCUUACGAUCACUCGGCCGGAUUUAUCAGAUGCCGUCAACCGGUUAUGUCAGUUUAUGCACACUCCGACUGUAAAUCACUGGGGCAUGGUUAAGCGUGUCUUACGGUAUGUCAAAGGCACGUUAAAUUAUGGAUUGAGACUGUCUCCCUCACCGACUACUUCUAUUCACGCAUAUUCCGACUCCGACUGGGCCGGCUGUCCCAUAGAUCGGAAGAGCACCAGUGGGUAUGCAGUAUUUUUGGGCACAAACCUUGUGUCGUGGCUUUCACGGAAACAGUGGACAGUUGCGCGCUCCUCGACUGAAGCAGAGUAUAAAGCCUUAGCUGAUGUGGCAGCUGAGGUCACUUGGGUUGUUUCCCUUCUUCGAGAGUUAGGGCUUCACUUUGGGCAGUCCUCGACUUUGUGGUGUGAUAAUUUGGGCGCAACAUAUCUUUGUGCUAAUCCAGUCUUUCACGCCAGGACGAAGCAUGUUGAGAUAGACUACCAUUUUGUUCGAGACAAGGUAGCCAGUGGUGACUUUGUGGUUAAUUUUGUAUCGACGAAGGACCAGCUUGCAGACAUUUUCACCUAG